CCCGGGUUUUGGAGGCAGGAUGGCGGCUGCAGAGGGACCAGAGCCUCGCUGUCCGGGAGGAUUCUUCAGACAGCGAGCCGGAGCAGGAGCCCGGAUCCCCGCAGAAAACUCAUCCGGAAAGUGUCCACGUCCCGGACAGAUCCGCAGCAAGACGGUGCUGAAGGAGGGUUUCCUCCAGAAGCAGAGCAGCUCCUUCCAGCGCGGCAAGAGGCGCUACUUCAAGCUGCGAGGAAGGACCCUGUACUACGCCCAGACCCCCAAGUCGAUCAUCUUUGACGAGGUGGAUCUGACGGACGCCAGCGCGGCCGAGUCGAGCACCAAGAACGUGAACAACAGCUUCACCGUCAUCACCCCCUGCAGGAGACUCACUCUGGUUGCAGACAGCAGGAAGGAGAUGGAGGAGUGGAUGGCGGCGCUGCGCAGCGUGCAGAACACACACAACUACGAGUCCACUCAGUACAGCAUGGAUCACUUCAGUGGGACUCAUAACUGGUUCGCUUGCUCUCACGCCCGACCCACGUACUGCAACGUCUGCAGGGAGGCUCUGGGGGGGGUCACCUCCACCGGCCUGUCCUGUGAAGUCUGUAAGUUCAAGGCCCAUAAACGCUGUGCAGUCAGAGCCACUAACAACUGUAAGUGGACGACGCUGGCUUCCAUCGGGAAGGACAUCAUCGAGGACGAGGACGGGGUCUCCAUGCCUCACCAGUGGUUGGAGGGAAACCUCUCUGUGUCGGCAAAGUGUUCUGUCUGUGAGAAAACGUGCGGCAGCGUCCUGAGGCUGCAGGACCUGAAGUGCCUGUGGUGCAAAGCUAUG